AUGGCGGCCACCAUCGCAGGAUCCGGAGGAGGAGGAGAAAAUGCUAAACAUACGGCAAUAACUCCGACUGAAAACCGUGAAGCCAUGGCGGCUGGAAUCUUAGAACUCUUCAAACCAGCUGUGCAAGAAGUUGAUGAGAGAGUGCGACUUGUGAGAGAAAGCCAACUAGAACUUAGACAUCAAAUUGAAGAACUUGAUGAAGUUUUGAAACAGUUAGGUCAGUCUCGAGAACCACCCAUAGAGCUAGACCCUUACGUCAAGAAGCUGAUGAAUUCCAAGCGAAAGAUUGCUGUUAUAAGUAAUAUCAUCCAGAAUGCUCAGGAAAGAGUACGUAAACUCCAGCAACGUGUCGGAAACGAAUCUGGGAAACUCCUCAGCCAUUUGUACCCACCCAGUAAAGAAGCAGUUACUACUCCUGUGACACCAACAUCACCGCAUUCGUUUGCAGAACCUGCCUCAAGCUCCUCGUAAAACUAAUAGCGGCUGGUGUGUUUUAAUUUGUCAUACAAGUCUACCGGCCAGGCUUCGGACUGAUGAUACCCAAGCCUACAUCUGUAUGGACUGUAAAAGGGGGUAACCCUGUUU